GCACAGCGGGAGGUCUUACAGGUUAAAACAAACGCCUCUGCUCUGUGGGAGCAACCAAACAUGAGGAGCAUGAGGAGGCCACACGGGACUCUCCUGGCGGUGUUAGCGGUGUGUUUCCUCGGAGUGUGUGCCCUCUCACAUGUGGACGAGAUGAAGACUCAGGAGCGGCUCUUCCUCAGCUCUCUGGGGCUCUCCGGGCCGCCGCGUCCCAGCCACCAGCCCCGGCGCCGCGUCCCCUCCGCGCUCUGGAGGAUGUUCCGGAGGUCAGAGAACAUGCAGGCCCAGGAGAGCGACCCCUGCACGGUGUCCGAGUACGGAGUUCGCGGGAACAUCAUCCGAUACGUGCAGGACCAAGGCCGGCUGGUGUCUGGCUGGAGCAGCAGCUGUCAGACUUGUCUGGAGAAGCAGCUCUUCUUCAACAUGUCGGUCCUACAGCCUGUGGAGCUGCUGUCUCUGGCUCAGCUGGAAAUCAAGUUCCACUGGAAGCCCUUCAGACCUGCAGAACUCCUGCAGGGGCCCCGGGCCCUCAGCGUGUCGCUGUAUAAAGUGAUUCGAGCCACGCUGAGGGGAGCCAAUCCUCAGGCCAACCGCAGACUCCUGCUGUCCCAGUCAGUCCAGCUGCAGCCUGAACCUACCUCCAUCACCAUGGACCUCACCGUGCUGGCAGAGGGCUGGCGCAAACCGGGACGCAACUACGGUUUGGUUCUAGAGCUGCUGCCUCUCAGCACGGAUCCAGAAGAGCUUCUGUCUUUUCACCCAGGGAACUCCCUCCCGUUGGAACCAGCCUUCACCCUGCCGCUGGUCCAAGCCUCUCUGGUGGCCGUCUCCCUCAACCCCCACCAGUGUCGCUCCAGACAGAGAAGAAGCGCUGUCCAUCUCCCCGUGACACCCAGCAAUGUGUGCAAGGCCCGCCGCCUCUACAUCGAUUUCAAAGACGUGGGCUGGCAGGACUGGAUCAUCGCUCCGCAGGGCUAUAUGGCCAACUACUGCCACGGCGAGUGCCCGUUCCCACUUAGCGAGAGUCUGAACGGCACCAACCAUGCCAUCCUGCAGACCCUGGUACACUCUCUGGACCCUCAUGGGACACCACAACCCUGCUGCGUCCCCAUCCGCCUCUCCCCGAUCUCCAUGCUCUACUACGACAACAACGACAACGUGGUGCUCCGGCACUACCAGGACAUGGUGGUGGAUGAGUGCGGGUGUCGAUGAGGUUCUGAUUGGCCCGUGACUAUCAAAUAUCCAUCACUUCUUUUUAAGCUUCUCAGUCUGAAUUCUCAGUUUCUUAAUGAUGAUUUAAACAGAUUUUUCAAUGAACAGUCAAUGUUUUUUUAAAGAAUUUGUAUGUUUGUUCUCACAGAAAUGUCAAUUCAUUCAAUUUAUACAAAGGCUGAUAAUAAAAAUUACAAUAAAGUCA